AUCAUGGAUGACAGAGCCAACAAGUUGAUCUUGGCCCCGGUUCUUGCUGUACUCUUUGUAAUGAUUGUCUACCAGUACAUAUGCCCCACUGGGACCAAUUCAUGGCAUUUUCGGGCAGGAGACUCUUUAAAAGGGGCAGCUCAUUCCUCAGAGCUUUCUUCUAUGGCAGAGGCUCAAUGGCAGGAUGAGGAUGAUGAGAGUGAAGUUCCUGAGGACAGCAUUCCUCAGAAAUUCCAGCCGACCUUCAAAUUUAUGGCCAAAGACCUCUUUAGGUUUGUGGAUUUUAAUAUCAAAGGGGAUGAUGUGAUUGUGUUCCUGCAUAUACAGAAAACAGGAGGCACUACUUUUGGGAGGCAUUUGGUGAGGAAUAUCCAUCUGGAGCAGCCCUGUGAUUGCAAGCCAGGCCAGAAGAAGUGCACCUGCCACCGUCCUGGGAGGAAGGAGACCUGGUUGUUCUCUCGCUUCUCUACAGGCUGGAGUUGCGGAUUGCACGCAGACUGGACUGAGCUCACAAACUGUGUACCUGCUAUCAUGGAGAAAAAGGACAGCCAGAAGAAUCACAGGAACUUCUACUAUAUCACAAUGCUGAGGGAUCCUGUUUCUCGCUACCUGAGUGAAUGGAAACAUGUCCAGAGAGGAGCAACUUGGAAGGCCUCACUCCAUGUCUGUGAUGGACGAAGUCCAACACCAGAUGAAUUGCCAACGUGCUAUCUUGGGGAUGACUGGUCUGGAGUUACAUUGCAGGAGUUCAUGGACUGCAGCUACAACCUGGCUAACAACCGCCAAGUUCGGAUGCUUGCUGAUCUUAGUUUAGUUGGGUGUUACAACUUAACUCUUAUGAAUGAAAGUGAAAGGAAUGAUAUCCUUCUACAGAGUGCUAAGAAUAACCUGAAAAACAUGGCUUUUUAUGGCUUGACUGAGUUUCAAAGAAAAACACAAUAUCUAUUUGAGAGGACAUUCAAUCUCAAGUUUAUUUCUCCAUUCACUCAAUUCAACACUACCAGGGCCUCAAAUGUGGACAUUGAUGAGUGGUCACGUGAACGAAUUAAAGAACUUAACUAUUUGGACAUGCAGUUAUAUGAAUACGCUAAGGACCUUUUUUUACAACGUUUCCAGUAUACCAGACAACAAGAGCACCAGAGAAAAAGAGAGAAGAGGAAGGAAGAAAGGAGGCUUCUUAGGGAACAUAAAGCCCACCCACCUCACAAGGAAGAAAUACCUACAGAUGUUGCUACUACAGAAGACUAUAAUAGUCAGGUGGCAAGAUGGUGA